GUGGAAUUGCACGGAAAGGUGAUAGAAGUGGACUACUCCGUUCCCAAAAAACUAAGGAGUCGGAAGAUCCAGAUCGGAACAUUCCCCCUCAUCUACAGUGGGAGGAUUUUGAUGGCCUUCUUGCUCAAUAUGGUACUGUAGAAAACGUGGAACAAGUCAACACUGACACAGAAACGGCGGUGGUAAAUGUUACAUACGCAACCAAGGAGGAAGCUAAAGAAGCCAUUGAAAAGUUGACAGGUCAGCAGUGUGAAGACUACUCCUUAAAGGUGUCCUACAUCAUGGACUCGGAGGCCGCGCCUUCCGCCCAGGCUCCCCGAGGUCGACGCGGCGGCGGCGGCGUGGCGGCCGAUUGUGGCGGGACCAGGGACCCCCUCAGCCAGGGCCCUCCGGAGGCUUCGAUGGCCCGCGUUCUCGCCAGCAACACGAUUUCCCCCUGCGCAUGCUGGUGCCCACCCAGUUUGUGGGCGCCAUUAUCGGCAAGGAAGGACUCACCAUCAAGAAUGUCACCAAAACAGACACAGUCCAAAGUUGACAUCCAUCGGAAGGAAAAUGCAGGAGCGGCGGAGAAGCCGAUCACCAUCAACUCCUCUCCUGAAGGCUGCUCCUCGGCCUGUCGCAUGAUCCUGGACAUCAUGCAGAAGGAAGCCAACGAGACCAAGACGACGGAGGACAUCCCUCUCAAAAUCCUGGCCCACAACAGCCUGGUGGGCCGCCUCAUUGGGAAGGAGGGCCGUAAUCUGAAGAAGAUCGAGGAGGAGACCGGGACCAAGAUAACCAUCUCCUCGUUACAGGACUUAACCAUUUACAACCCAGAGAGGACCAUCACGGUGAAGGGGAACUUGGAGGCGUGUUGUAAAGCGGAGGCGGAGAUCAUGAAGAAACUGAGGGAAGCCUACGAGAACGACAUUGCUGCUAUCAACCAACAGGCCAACCUAAUACCUGGCUUGAACCUCAACGCCCUGGGCAUCUUCUCCUCUGGUCUGGCAGUGGGGCCCCCUGCUGCUGCCGGACCUCGCGGCUCCGCCCCUCCUGUGGCACCAGCGGGAGGAUACAACCCUUUCUUAAGUCACUCUUCACAUCUCAGUGGUCUGUACGGGGUUCCUCCAGCAAGUGCCGGCCCCCACCAGCACUCGGCUCCAGAGCAGGAGGUCGUCUACCUCUUUAUUCCAACUCAGGCGGUGGGAGCUCUUAUAGGCAAGAAGGGCCAGCACAUCAAGCAGCUCGCCCACUUCGCUGGAGCCUCCAUCAAGAUCGCUCCGGCCGAGAGCCCGGAUGUGACUGAGAGGAUGGUGAUCAUUACUGGAACCCCAGAGGCUCAGUUUAAGGCCCAAGGUCGGAUUUUUGGGAAGCUGAAAGAGGAGAACUUCUUCACGGCCAAAGAGGAAGUCAAACUCGAAACACACAUCAAGGUUCCUUCAAGUGCAGCCGGCAGGGUCAUUGGGAAAGGAGGCAAGACGGUGAAUGAGCUUCAGAACCUGACAAGCGCUGAGGUCAUCGUACCGCGGGACCAAACUCCAGACGAGAACGAUGAGGUGUUUGUGAAGAUCAGUGGGCAUUUCUUCGCCAGCCAGACUGCACAGAGGAAGAUCCGGGAGAUCAUUCAGCAGGUUAAACAGCAGGAACAGAAGCACCAGCGAGGCGCCGCCGGGUCACCGCAACAAUCCAAGACGGCGCCGGCGGUCGCCACCCAAUGAAUGUAGCCCCUCCCGAAUGGACAGAGACCUCUACCCAGACUUAAGGCCACGGCCCAAGAGGGACCUGCAGGGCAGACCAGCAGCAGCAGCAGUGCCGGGGGAACAAAAACCAAAGAAGUUCACUAAGGAGGAGAACGCGAGUGAGAGCCAAAGGCUUGUGAGCAUUGUGUGCACUGCCAGCCCUGCCACGGCACACAGAGGAGGAUACUGAUAUUGCAAGGUAAAGGAGGAGCGAGCACCUGCGUAAUGUUCUCUUUAAGUGGGAUUAACAUAGACCUAACAUGAAUGACACUGUACUAGUAUGUGCUUAGAACAAGAGCGAGGUGAACUAGCCUUAGCAGUAUUAGUACAGGGUAGAAGACUAUAUUGACAUCUGCAAAAAGCAAAAAUAUAAAAGCAGUUCCCCUAUUUUGGAAAUUUGGAAACACACGAUGAAUGGUCUUGGUAACCAGUGUGUGUGUGUGUGUGUACGUGUGCGUGUGUGUGUGUGUGUGUGUGUGUGAGAGAAAUGCUUCUCACCUUUUUUUUUUUUUCUGCCAUCACUUUCUGAUCACUCUCUCAUCAAUUUUGCUUCUAGGAUGAUGAACAUAUUCAAAGGCAUGAAACUUCCCCUGAGUGCAUGCAGUCUUUAUGAUAAUGUGGUGCAACGGGUUCCACCUAUUUUAAAAACAAAUAUAUUUACAUAUAUAUAUAUCAUACAUCCCCCCCCUGAAAGGCAGUGCGGUGGAUGAUUGUAAAAAUGUCCACUGCAGAGGACGCCGGAGGAUAUAUUUUAAAAUGAUUGGAACGGAAAUGAUGAAAUACCUAAUAGACUUUUCGGUAACACUUUAGUAUGGGGAACAUAUUCACCAUUAAUUAGUUGCUUAUUAAAGGCCUACUGAAAUGAAAUGUUCUUAUUUAAACGGGGAUAGCAGGCCCAUUCUAUGUGUCAUACUUGAUCAUUUCGCGAUAUUGCCAUAUUUUUGCUGAAAGGAUUUAGUAGAGAACAUCGACGAUAAAGUUCGCAACUUUUGGUCGCUGAUAAAAAAGCCUUGCCUGUACCGGAAGUAGCGUGACGUCACAGGUUGUGGAGCUCCUCACAUCUGCACAUUGUUUUCAAUCAUGGCCAGCAGCAGCGAGAGCGAUUCGGAGCGAGAAAGCGACGAUUACCCCAUUAAUUUGAGCGAGGAUGAAAGAUUCAAGGAUGAGGAAAGUGAGAGUGAAGGAUUAGAGGGCAGUGUAAGCGAUUCAGAUAGGGAAGAUGCUGUGAGAGGCGGGUGGGACCUGAUAUUCAGCUGGGAAUGACUAAAACAGUAAAUAAACACAAGACAUAUAUAUACUCUAUUAGCCACAACACAACCAGGCUUAUAUUUAAUAUGCCACAAAUUAAUCCGCAUAACAAACACCUCCCCCUCCCGUCCAUAUAACCCACCAAUACAAAUCAAACACCCGCACAACACACUCAAUCCCACAGCCCAAAGUACCGUUCACCUCCGUAAAGUUCAUACAGCACAUAUAUUUCCCCAAAGUUACGUACGUGACAUGCACAUAGCGGCACGCACGUACGGGCAAGCGAUCAAAUGUUUGGAAGCCAAAGCUGCGUACUCACGGUAGCGCGUCUGCUAUCCAACUCAAAGUCCUCCUGGUUGUGUUGCUGUAGCUAGCCGCUAAUACACCGAUCCCACCUACAGCUUUCUUCUUUGCUGUCUUCAUUGUUCAUUAAACAAAUUGCAAAAGAUUCACCAACACAGAUGUCCAGAAUACUGUGGAAUUUUGCGAUGAAAACAGACGACUUACUAGCUGGCCACAAUGGUGUCCCAAUAUGUCCGCUACAAUCUGUGACGUCACGUGCAAACGUCAUCAUACCGAGACAUUUUCAGCAGAAUAUUUUGCAGGAAAUUUAAAAUUGCACUUUACUAAUCUAACCAGGCCGUAUUGGCAUGUGUUGCAAUGUUAAGAUUUCAUCAUUGAUUUAUGAACCAUCAGACUCCGUGGUCGGUAGUAGUGGGUUUCAGUAGGCCUUUAAAAUAACAAACUUAAGUUAGAGUUAUUUGGACACUAGGGGAACCAUAUAAGGGUUAGACUUAGACUUCCUUUUUAUUGUCAUUCAAAUUUGAACUUUACAGUACAGAUAAGAACGAAAUUUUGUUGCAUUAAUUAGUUGCUUAUUAAAGUAACAAAGACUUAAUUUAGAGUUAUUUGGACACAAGAGGAACAUAUAAGGGUUAGGGUUAGGGUUACUAAUAAGCAAUAAUUCUGAGGUUAUGGGUUAUACUUGUAUAGCUCUUUUCUACCUUCAAGGUACUCAAAGUGCUUUGACAGUAUUUCCACAUUCACCCAUUCAUUCACACACACAUUCACACACUGAUGGCGGGAGCUGCCAUGCAAGGCCCUAACCACAACCCAUCAGGAGCAAGGGUGAAGUGUCUUGCUCAAGGACACAACAGACGUGACGUGGUUGGUUGAAGGCUAGGGAUUGAACCAGGAACCCUCAAGUUGCUGGCAUGGCCACUCUCCCAACCUGCGCCACGCCGUCCCGUUAUUGAGGGAAGACUCUUAGUUAACGGCUUACUGGUUGUAUAAUAAGGCCAUGCAGGAUAAGGCAUUACUUAAUAAUGACUAAUUAAGAGCCAUUAUGUUACUAAUUUGCAUGUUAAUAAGCAACUAAUUAAUGGUGAAUAUGUGUUCCCCAUACUAAAGUGUUACCGACUUUUUCCGUGUGAUGUCGGAACACUUCCGCUCUGGAUGGUGACCAUCUGCUUUAUGGAUUCGCUAAUGGAAUAAGACGCGCUUGAAUAUAGAUGCCAUUUGUGGCGCCCCCCGCAGGUUGUGGUUAGAAUGCUUGCAUACAUGUAAUAGACUUGGACAAACUUUAUUGAUCCACAAGGGAAAUUGUUCCUCACAGUAGCAUAGUUGCAAAGGAUUUAAAGGAUAAGGAUGGAAAGGAUAAUGCACACAAGGGCACAAAAGAGGGCGAAAACAAAAGGUAUAAAGUAGACAGAAAAUGUACCAUAGUCACAAUAUAAAUAUAACAUAUAUGUCAUAUUUGCAUAUUAUACAUAGUGUCAGGGCUUGAAUUUAACCACGGCAAGUGCCGCGACCGCCCUUGUCACUUGCCGUGAUGCCCUAAAAAAAUUGACCAGCAUCGACGGCAAGAACAUGCCGUGACCGCCCUCGACUUUUUACUUAUUAAUGGACAAUUGUCACGCAAUUGUUUUCGUCGAAUAAAUUGACAAAAACACCCCAAGAUUACUUUUUUUCUUACAUUUUUAACUGUUAAAGACAUCGCAUAAUUAACAUUAAUCGGUAUAAACAACA